GGCAGCGGCGGCGGCCUGGGCCCGGGCGCGGCGGCGGCGGCGGUGGCGGGGCCUGGAGCCGGAUCUAAGAUGGCAGCACCGGCGGCGGCGGCGGGGCCGGGCGUGGGCGGCGCGGGGGCGGCCGGCACGGGUGUCACGGGGCCCUGCGGGGCCGUGUCCGUGUUCCCCGGCGCCCGCCUCCUCACCAUCGGCGACGCGAACGGCGAGAUCCAGCGGCACGCGGAGCAGCAGGCGCUGCGCCUCGAGGUGCGCGCCGGCCCGGACGCGGCGGGCAUCGCCCUCUACAGCCAUGAAGACGUGUGUGUGUUCAAGUGCUCAGUGUCCCGGGAGACGGAGUGCAGCCGAGUGGGCAAGCAGUCGUUCAUCAUCACCCUGGGCUGCAAUAGUGUCCUCCUCCAGUUCGCCACACCCAGCGAUUUCUGCUCCUUCUAUAACAUCCUGAAAACCUGCCGAGGCCACACCCUGGAGCGGUCGGUGUUCAGCGAGCGCACGGAGGAGUCUUCUGCUGUGCAGUAUUUCCAGUUUUAUGGCUACCUGUCCCAGCAGCAGAACAUGAUGCAGGAUUACGUGCGGACGGGCACCUACCAGCGCGCCAUCCUGCAGAACCACACAGACUUCAAGGACAAGAUCGUUCUCGACGUUGGCUGUGGCUCUGGGAUCCUGUCGUUUUUUGCCGCCCAGGCUGGAGCGAGAAAGAUCUACGCAGUGGAGGCCAGCACCAUGGCCCAGCACGCCGAGGUCUUGGUGAAAAGUAACAACCUCACCGACCGCAUCGUGGUCAUCCCUGGGAAGGUGGAGGAGGUCUCGCUGCCCGAGCAAGUGGACAUCAUCAUUUCAGAGCCCAUGGGCUACAUGCUCUUCAAUGAGCGCAUGCUUGAGAGCUACCUCCACGCCAAGAAGUACCUGCGGCCUGGCGGAAACAUGUUCCCCACCAUUGGUGACGUCCACCUGGCACCCUUCACUGACGAGCAGCUCUACAUGGAGCAAUUCACCAAGGCCAACUUCUGGUACCAGCCAUCCUUCCACGGAGUGGACCUGUCAGCCCUCCGAGGUGCUGCAGUGGACGAGUAUUUCCGGCAGCCUGUGGUGGACACAUUUGACAUCCGGAUCCUGAUGGCCAAGUCUGUCAAGUACACGGUGAACUUCUUAGAAGCCAAAGAAGGAGAUUUGCACAGGAUAGAAAUCCCAUUCAAGUUCCACAUGCUGCAUUCUGGGCUGGUUCACGGUCUGGCUUUCUGGUUUGAUGUCGCUUUCAUCGGCUCUAUAAUGACCGUGUGGCUGUCUACGGCCCCGACGGAGCCCCUGACCCACUGGUACCAAGUCCGGUGCCUGUUCCAGUCGCCACUGUUCGCCAAGGCCGGGGACACGCUCUCAGGGACAUGUCUGCUUAUUGCCAACAAAAGACAGAGCUACGACAUCAGUAUUGUGGCCCAGGUAGACCAGACAGGCUCCAAGUCCAGCAACCUCCUGGACCUGAAAAACCCAUUCUUCAGAUACACAGGCACGACGCCCUCCCCCCCGCCUGGCUCCCACUACACUUCCCCCUCGGAGAACAUGUGGAACGCCGGCAGCACCUACAACCUCAGCAGUGGGAUGGCCGUGGCCGGAAUGCCGACCGCCUACGACCUGAGCAGUGUUAUUGCCGGAGGCUCCAGUGUGGGCCACAACAACCUGAUUCCUCUAGCCAACACGGGGAUUGUCAAUCACACCCACUCCCGGAUGGGCUCCAUAAUGAGCACGGGGAUUGUCCAAGGUAACAGUGGGCGGGGGUCGCAGGGCCCCGCGGGUGUGCGUGUGCCCGGGCGCCCGCCUGCCCUCUGGCCUGUGCUCUUUCUCUCUGACUCUGCCAUGGGCCCGGGUGGGCAAGGGGACAGAGGCGGCCCCUUAGUGCCCACCCCCUGCCCCACAGGGUCCUCCGGCGCCCAGGGCAGCAGUGGCGGCAGCUCCAGCGCCCACUAUGCGGUCAACAGCCAGUUCACCAUGGGCGGCCCCGCCAUCUCCAUGGCCUCACCCAUGUCCAUCCCGACCAACACCAUGCACUACGGGAGCUAGGCCCCUGCGUGGAAGGACUGACAGCACCAGGAAACCAAAUGAAGACCCCCCGGGCGGCUCUCACCCCUGUACUGGAGAAACCCACACCCGGCACAGCCCUCUUUGCUACGGGAACUUGAACACUUUUUUACACGACGUUGCCGCCGCCGCCCCCACCCCACUGCCCACCCACAUCUUGGCCCCAAGCGCGUGUCGCUGCCAUAUUUUACACACGAUCAUGUCGUGGGAGCUCUGUGCCCCCCCCCCCCCUGCCCCCUACCCCGGCCCUCUCCACCCUGACCUGGGUUUGACAUCUUCUGUAACAGGCGUGUCCGGGCCUGACAGCUGCAGGCCUGGCGGGGAGGGAGAGGGGCAGUGGCUGCCCCGCCUGGUCCCUUGGGCCGGUCCCCUGUCUGUCUCCAGCAGGGAAGGCAGUCCUGGCCCCUUCCUGGAGGGGCCUCCCCUUCAACUACCAGGCCUUGGUCACCACAGGCGUGACAUGCUGCUUUUUUUAAUUUUAUUUUUUUAUGAAAAGAACCAGUGUCAAUCCACAGACCCUCUGAGAAAUCAGGCCGACCGGGCCGAGCCAGCAGCCCCUCUCCCCAGCUCAGAGUCUCAGUGGCGAGGGGCGGCCCUGCCGAGUCUUCAGGAUGGGGUGGGGCCGGGCCUCCGGAGCCCAGGGAGCCCCUCGGCCCUCUCCCACCAAAGGGUUCACCUCACACUUGAAUGUACAACCCAGCCGGCUGUCGGGAAGGCCCUCCGUCCUCAGCCCCUGCCUCUUGCUGCUGUCCUGUCCCUGAGCCCCUGCAGGCCCCGCCGCCACCUGCACCCAGAGCUAGAAUGGGUGGCCUGGGGGCCCUGGGCCUGGAGGGAAGGGUCAGCGUCAGCCGCUUGGGGCAGACGCAGAAACCUCAAGGGUCUGUCGUGGAAGGCGUCCUUUUUCCUUGUAGCUAACGUUAGGCCUGUGUACCCCCUUCAGUAUUUGUAGAUGCUCCUCCUGUCCCUCCUACUCUGACGGCAUUCUGGUCCCUCCCCAGCCUGGGAAGGGGCCUUGCAGGGACCUCUCCAAAAAAAAAAAAAGGAAAGAAAAGGAAAAAAAUAAAAAUAAAAAAACCCACGGAAAUAUAUGUUUCAGCACAGGCAGUUUUCUUCUAAUUGUGCCCCCCCGUUUCUAACAACCCCAGACUUGGAUGUGGCGGAGCUCAGGCUCAGCUCAAGGCCCGCUCUCUGGGUGCCCCAGGAAGAGCAGGUGCGGCCCAGGCUGGGGAGGCCCCCGGGGGCGAUGGCCGCCCUGGAAGCUCCCUGCUCUGUCCCUCUCCCGCCUUUAUAUAAAUUCUCUGAAUCACCUUUGCAUAGAAAAUAAAAGUGUUUGCUUUGUAAGAAAA